AUGCGCUCACCACCCCGACUAAGUGGAUCAUUAACAGAUUUAGGAACAUCGAAUAAUGAGUUUAGUAUGGAGCACCAAAAUACCCAGAGAAAACGUAAGCAACCAGAGCAUAGUUGCAACUGCAACUGUGCACAAGAACUUCAAGAUUUCCGCAAAGAUGUUACGUCAAUGUUACAAAAAUUCACAAACACCCAGGAAGCUACAAUGAACUUCAUUCGUGACAAUAUUACAGAAAUGAAAACACAGGUGAACAAUAUUAAAGUGGCUACCGACACUCUGAAUAAAGACCAGAUAUCAAUGAAGGCCAAAAUAUCAGACAUAACCACAAGGGCAACAGCGGCGGAUAAUAAAAUUCAAUCUCUUGAGGCAGAAAACGUUACUUUAAGAAAUAAUAUGGCAUUCAGUACGACGAUGUCAACUUCUGAUGAAAAUGUUAUCCAAGAAUUACAAGAAAGGGUUACUAGGAAAAAAAUAUAA